AGGAGAGUUGGAGCGACCGAAGGUCUGGGGGCGGGAGUGGCGGACGUGAAGCACUUGUUGGCUUAGUGAGGCGUGCGAAGCAGAACGCCUCAGAACUCAGGCCUCCAGCCCGCCGGCCGAGGCCUGCCAGAGCAGAUAGCUUGGGUGUGGCCUUUAUCUGCACUUAGCGGAGCGCCGGCCGGGUGAGGUCCUGCGAUCUCUACUUCCUUCUCCCUAGUUUUCUCUCGUUGCUCCCUACCUGUCGUGGGUGAGUCCUGGCCUCUGAGCGGGGAUCUCACUGUUCCACCAGCCCAUCCACGAGCGCUGUCUUAGUUUCUCCUAAAGCAGAGAGUGGCUUCGUGUGGAACGCGGAGCCCGCGAGGAUUUUGGAGCGCAGGGUGCGCCCCGGUCGGCCUGUCCAUAUCGCCCCCUUUUUCCCUGGCUUCCCAAUGGGUCGGACCGUGGUCGUGCUGGGCGGAGGCAUCAGCGGCUUGGCUGCUUGUUACCACCUGAGCCGAGCCCCCAGUCUCCCUAAGGUGAUCCUGGUGGAGGGUACCGAGCGUCUGGGAGGCUGGAUCCGCUCAGUCCGAGGGCCGGAUGGUGCUAUCUUUGAGCUUGGACCUAGGGGAAUUCGGCCAGCGGGAGCCCUGGGAGCCCGGACCCUGCUCAUGGUUUCUGAGCUUGGCUUGGACUCAGAAGUAUUGCCUGUCCGGGGAGACCAUCCAGCUGCCCAGAACAGGUUCCUGUAUGUAGGCGGUGCCCUGUACCCCCUACCCACUGGCCUCAGGGGGCUACUCCGCCCUUCACCCCCCUUCUCCAAACCUCUAUUUUGGGCUGGGCUGAGGGAGCUGACCAAGCCCCGGGGCAAAGAGCCUGAUGAGACCGUGCACAGUUUUACCCAGCGACGCCUUGGACCUGAGGUGGCGUCUCUAGCCAUGGACAGUCUCUGCCGUGGAGUAUUUGCAGGCAACAGCCGUGAGCUCAGCAUAAGGUCCUGCUUUCCCAGCCUCUUCCAAGCUGAGCAAACCCAUCGUUCCGUAUUACUGGGGCUGCUGCUGGGGGCAGGUCAGAGCCCACAGCCAGACUCAGCACUCGUUCGCCAGGCCCGGGCUGAGCACUGGAGUCAGUGGUCACUCCGUGGAGGGCUGGAGAUGUUGCCUCAGUCUCUUGAUGCCCACCUGACUAGUAGGGGGGUCAGUGUUCUCAGAGGCCAGCCGGUCUGUGGGCUCAGCCUCCAAGCUGACGGGCGCUGGAAGGUGUCUCUAGGGGAUAGCAGUCUGGAUGCCGACCAUGUUAUUAGUGCUGUUCCAGCUUCAGUACUCAGUGAGCUGCUCCCUGCUGAGGCUGCGCCUCUGGCUGAUGUCCUCAGGACCAUCACUGCUGUGUCUGUAGCUGUGGUGAAUCUGCAGUACCGAGGAGCUCGUCUGCCUGUCCAGGGAUUUGGACAUUUGGUGCCAUCCUCAGAAGACCCAGGUGUCCUGGGAAUCGUGUAUGACUCAGUUGCUUUCCCUGAGCAGGAUGGGACCCCCCCUGGCCUCAGAGUAACUGUGAUGCUGGGAGGUUCCUGGUUACAGACACUGGAGGCCAACGGCUGUGCCUUAUCUCAGGAGCUGUUCCAACAGCAGGCACAGGAAGCGGCUGCCACACAAUUAGGACUAAAGGAGCCACCAAGUCACUGUUUGGUCCAUCUACACAAGAACUGCAUCCCCCAGUAUACACUAGGCCACUGGCAAAAACUGGAGUCAGCUAAGCAAUUCCUGGCUGCUCAAAAGUUACCCCUGACUUUGGCUGGAGCCUCCUAUGAGGGUGUUGCUGUCAAUGAUUGUAUAGAGAGUGGGCGUCAGGCAGCAGUCAGUGUCCUGCGCACAGAACCGAACAGCUGAUCCCCGUCUCCCAUUCAUGAAAAUAAAAGUUGCUGGAGCUUGU